CAGAAAGUGAAAGCUCUGUGAAAGUCUUUAAAACUGUGGGCUUUGAGGAACUACUUUUUUUCUUUUCUUUUACUGGUUGUGACUGCACUGCCCUCAAAACACAGAGAGGCCGCUGGAUCCUUCAGCAGAAAAUGGAAAAACUGCACACAGCAGUGAAUUUUUGUAUCCGCUACCAAAAGACUCUGGGUUACAGCAUUGUGUCCCUGUUGACAAUUGCCAGCGAGCAAAUCUUUUCCUCGGUGGCCUUCAGGUGUCCCUGCAACUCUUGGAACAUCCUGUAUGGCUGUGUCUUCCUUCUAGUGCCAGCCAUCCUUCUCUUUCUGCUUGGCUACAUGGUGAAUGCCAGGACUUGGCUCCUGCUCACAGGCAGCUGCCCUCAGGAGAAAAAACAGUGCUGUGGCUCUUGGGGAAAGGGUUGCUUCUACCUGAAAGUGCUGGCACCGGUGACAGCCAGCAUCUUGGUGGCCCCCCUCACCUGGAUCGCAGUGGCCCUGCUCAGCGCAAGCUUCUACGAGUGCGCAGCCAGCGGGAGCAGCUUCAUCAGGAACCAGGUGUGCAGGGACAUGGACAAUCCUGAAGCAUGCUGGGAGCUUCUGGAAAAAAUACCCUGUGAUGAGAAAGUUGCCAGACAACUGCUGAAUGAGAAUUCAACUUCAAAAGGUGGACUUGUCAGCUUUCGAGCACAGUCUCAGAUUCUAGGAUGGUUGCUGAUAGUCGCCAUCAUUACUGUGGCACUCAUUUCAACAUGUAUCAGCCGCUGUUUCUCCCCAGUUAGCUAUUUUCAGCUGAAGUUCUGGAAAAUUUAUUUGGAAAAGGAACGAGAGCACUUCGAAACCAAGGCUAAAGAACAUGCAGCUCAGUUGGCCGAAAGAAACAUAAAUUGCUUUUUUGAAGCCACCAACCCACCACCAUUUCAGACCCCCAGCAAUGAAGACUGGAAGAAGAUUUCACUCCCAUAUGCCUUCAGUAAGAAUGAUCAGUAUUACAGCAUGAUACACAAAUACAUUAGUGCAAACAGAGACAAGAUCAGUACAUGUGAAAGAGAUCAAUUUUCCUGUGUUUUAGGAUUUGUGGAUGAAGCACAUAUAAAUGAGCAAGGGUUUUAGUAAAAAAAAAACAACAGUUUGUAACACUGGUAAUCUUUUAACCUUACUGAUCUAAAAGAAGCUUUAUUCUGUGCUCUUACUGAAAUCAAUGAGAAUUGUAUGUUAAAGGCUGGUAAUGUAAACCCCUUGAGACUUUUUUUUAAAUAAAUUUCAUACUUUUGCUUAAGUACAUUUAAAUAAGCAUAUGGAUCCAAGGGUGUUAAUCUCUCUGUAUCUUUCUUUUUCUUUUAAGUUAUAUUAUAAUGCUACACAAGCCUUAUCGUGAAAGCUUAUUGCUGAUAAGGUGUAGAUACAUAAAUCUAAGUAUCAUAGUAGGGUACAAAUAAACAUUUAACUGAUUGGUAUCAUUUCACCUUCAUAUACUCAAAAGGUAUCCCAAACCGUGCAACAACUGUGUUUCCCAGGAUAGUUUGGAGUUGGGUCAUCACAGUAACAAGUGUCCAAUUUGUUAUUUGUGCCUGCAGGAAGCACAAUUAUGCUUAAAAUGUUUCAGUUCACCUCUCCUAUUAAAGAACUCAAUUGUUCACUGACAUCUAGGAGGCAAUAAAUCUGCUCUGGAGUAUUGUAAAUUGGAAGGUAACAAUGGCCCCUGAAAUCAGCAGCAAGAUGUUCCUUGACUCAGUGGGGCCAGGCUUUGCCAUAGAGACACAGUAAAAUUGUUCAGGAUAGACUGAAAGCAUCUGGAGAAAGGUUAUACCUUUUUUCUAUCCCCAGUGAGAAAGUCCAGUGAAAAUGCUGUCUGAAAUUGUGUUCAUCCUCCCAGUUUUACCAGUUGGGCUUUUGCCAUUUUCUACUCCCAAACACAUCUGUAGGAUGAUGCCACUGCCCUCUUUUGUGGACAAAAUUGCAUCAUCACUUUGUUGAUCACUUCCUUCCUCUUCAGCAGCAACCUUCAGAACUUCCCCACAUCUGGAGAGCUGUCUAAAAGCUGUUGCCAUAAGACUGUACCUACCUGUCAAUCAAAGGAAAAUCUGACACUGACAUCUCUGAGCUCACUUGAGCACUUGACUCGCACAAGGCACCCCAGCUCAGCUGGAACACUCCUAAACAACCCUCACUACCAAUACAGCCUGGGGAAUUAAAGGAUUGAGUGCAGUCCUGCCAAAAAGACCUGAGAGUACUGGUGGAUGGCAAGCGGGACACGAACCAGCAAUGUACCCUCACAGCCCAGAAAGCCAAUUGUAUCCCAGGCUUAUCUGUGGCCAGCAGGUCCUGCUCCUCUACUCUGUGCUGGUGAGGCCUCACAUGGAGUACUGCAUCCAGA